CCAGUGCCUGUCUCCGCUACUGUGGCAGGCCAGUGUCUCUAUCCACUAUGCUGCAGCCAGUGUCUCUGUCCACUAUGCUGCAGCCAGUGUCUCUGUCCACUAUGCUGCAGCCAGUGUCUCUGUCCACUAUGCUGCAUGCAGUGGCUCUGUCCACUAUGCUGCAGGCAGUGGCUCUGUCCAUGGUGCUGACGCUCCCAGCAGUGCCAGGCCUGAGGAAGAGUUGGAGCGUCUCACCAAGAAGAUGCUUUAUGACAUGGAAAACCCUCCGGCCGAGGAGUACUUUGGGCGAUGUGCCAUCUGUGGGGAUAAUGUGGUGGGUGAGGGUACCGGCUGUACCGCCAUGGACCAGGUCUUCCACGUGGACUGCUUCAUCUGCAUGACCUGRAGUGGCAGGCUGCGCGGUAAACCCUUCUACGCCGUGGAGAAGAAGGCCUACUGCGAGCCCUGCUACAUCGUGAGUCUCAGCCCAUCUGAACACAACAUACACACACACACACACACACACCCUUCUACGCCGUGGAGAACAAGCCCUGCUACAUCGUGAGUC